UGAACGCAGCUCGUCACUUUUCAUUCAACCCAGCACAAACACUGCUUCCCGGACAGAAAGGAAACAGAAGCCGAGCUGAAGGCAGCCAGGAUGACGAGCCUCCAGCUGAGUGCGACGGAGGAGAUGGUGGAGAGGUUUCUGGACGCUGCAGCCAGAGGAGACCUGGCCCAGGUGUCCCAGCUGCUGUCCCACGCCCCCUCGCUCAUCAACCAGACGGGAUACAGCGGCUGGACGGCGCUGAUGCUCGCCGCUCGUAACGGACACUACCAAGUGGUGGAGGAGCUGCUGUCUCAUGGCUGUAACAAGUACUCAGUGAACAGCUCUUCUCAGACCGCCUAUGAUAUCGCCAAGUUCUGGGGUCACAGACACAUCUCCAACCUGCUGGGCCGGACAGACGACACCAGCCAGAGAAUUCUGCCGGGCUUCGACCUCCACCAGCAGGAGAACUACUUCAACAAAGAGACGCUGGACCGGCUGAGUGCCAAGAGGACAGACACGGUCUGGUUGGAGGAGAAACAGAGUGAUCCAGAUACAGUCUACCUCCUGUUCUCCAACCUCAGCCCCAUGGUCAGCAGCCCUCAGGCAGACGCCAACACAGGGGUUGAGACCAAGCUGUGUCGGUUCAGAUAUGAGGCAGUCAAAGACCUCCUUCAGAAACCUGCGACUGUGCUCAUCUUCCUUGGAGUGGAGAAGUGGAGAAAACCCUCCUCUCCCUCCUCUCAGCCGACAGAUGGUGUCCAGGAGCCUCCUGCUUGGUUUGCCAUCAACACAGAUGAAGAUGCUGCUGAACUUCUUAAACGCUGCAGAGAAAAGAACUGCAGCUUCCCAAAGACGCCCAACAGAGACCUGCUGAAGCUCAAUGAGGAAGAGGCCGGAGUCGUGGCUCAGGCUCGGGCGGUGUUGGCCUGGCACAGCCGCUACAGCUUCUGCCCGACGUGUGGCAGCAGCACCAAGCUGGAGGAGGGAGGAUACAAGAGGAGCUGCCUGAACUCUGACUGCAGGAGUCUGAAGGGGGUUCACAACACCUGCUAUCCACGAGUCGACCCAGUGGUCAUCAUGCUGGUGAUCCACCCUGACGGAAACCAGUGUUUACUGGGAAGGAAGAAGAUCUUUCCAGUUGGUAUGUACUCCUGUCUGGCUGGAUUCAUAGAGCCUGGAGAACCGAUGGAGGAGGCGGUGAGGAGGGAGGUGGAGGAGGAGAGCGGAGUGAAGGUCGGACCAGUUCAGUACGUCUGCUGCCAGCCCUGGCCAAUGCCCUCUAACCUCAUGAUUGGCUGCCUCGCUGUCGCACUGUCGACCAACAUUAAAGUGGACGAGAACGAGAUUGAGGAAGCUCGUUGGUUUUCACGGCAACAGGUAAUUGACUCAUUCAGAAGAACCUGUCCGGCCUUCACCUUCCCUCCUAGACAAACCAUCGCCCACCAGCUGAUCAGACACUGGAUCGGCAUGAACUCUAACCUCUAAAUCUCCAACCUUUAGCACUUGAGCUGCACAGUCAGUGCUGACACAGCUCCAGGACGGUCAGAAAGGAUUCAAACAAACAGCAGCUGUCUGGACUUUAUUAGGACAAACCAGCUGCCAGUCGAGUGAAUCACCAGAUUCUUCAGGUUGUACACGACGCGUUGCUUUUACGUGGUUUGUAUUUACAGCUAAAUUCAAAUCAUUUAAAUGCGCAGCUUGUACGUGGAGUGAUACAGCCUGCACAUAAAGGCAAAGACAGGUCUGUACAAAAUGGGAAAGAUGACAGCAGAGUUUAAAGGAUGGAGAAAGCACACACUAUUGCAGACAGAUUUUAACUGCAGUUAAGUAAAAACAGCUGCAAGAGGAUAUCAAAUGAUCCCUGCCCACAAUUUUUAAACUAAUCUAGAUGUAAAAUUUAAGCUCUACUGUCUCAAUAUCACAGCAAGUUAAUACCCCGCUGAAAUUUCAGGCAUGUGCUUUGUUGAAUGGGUUUUAAAAUUUUUAAAUGUGGUCUAAUACAGUGGGCACAAGCUAAGAAGAUUAACUGAUUGAUUAUGAAAUAAAUAUAACUUUGAUGUGCAGUAAUGGAUUAUUAUAAAUUUACUGCAGCAUGGUCCAAAAAAACCCCAAAAUGGCCGACGCUGGUAACUGAUGCACAAUAAAUUUCUGUAAAUUGAAACAAACUGUAAAUAUUAAAUUGGUUAAUAUAAUAAAGUCUAUGGAAACA